AUGGCCACUGGAGAACAACCCCCGCGACGAGGAGUCCCGGCUCUGUUUACGCAGUUCCCCGCCAUCCGUGACGACCUGGAUACGGAAACGUCGCGGGUACAGGAAGAUACCGUCAAGCAGUGUUUGCCAUUUCUAAAAGGCGUCGCCCAGUCGCUCUAUGGUCCUUUCAACGAACAUGGAAUCCCUAGUCUCUAUCGAGAUGUUCAUGUCGCCUAUCUUUACGAUGCUCUCGAGGAGUAUCCGGGCAAAUUUGUUGGACUUGAUGCAAGUCGUCCGUGGAUGAUGUACUGGGCGCUGACCGGAUUGUAUCUCCUUGGAGCAGAUGUUACGAGACUGAGGAAACGGGUGAUAUCAACUGCCGCGCCCAUGCAGAAUCCUACUGGUGGAUUCGGCGGAGGGCAUGGCCAAAUGUCACACUGUGCCUCAUCAUAUGCCGUUAUUCUCAGUCUGGCUACGGUCGGGGGAGCUGAAGCCUUCAGCCUAGUGGACCGGGUGGCUUUCUGGAAAUGGCUAGGGCAAUUGAAGCAACCAGACGGCGGAUUUCAAGUGUGCCUUGGGGGCGAAGAGGAUGUGCGAGGUGCAUAUUGUGUGAUGGUAAUGGUAGCACUGCUGGAUUUGCCAACUGAGUUACCACCUGAUGCGCCCGCAAGGCAAUUCGGAUAUGACACGUUUAUGAGUGGACUGCCGGAAUAUCUGUCCAGAUGUCAAACAUUUGAAGGAGGGAUUUCCGGCAGCCCUGGGACGGAGGCACACGGUGCCUACGCAUUCUGCGCGCUAGCAUGCCUAUGCAUCCUGGGUAGUCCCGGCGAAAUGAUCAAUAAGCAUCUGGAUGUUCCUUUGUUAAUCUCGUGGCUGUCUGCAAGGCAAUAUGCUCCCGAGGGCGGAUUCGCGGGACGUACAAAUAAAUUGGUCGACGGCUGUUACAGCCAUUGGGUCGGAGGCUGCUGGCCACUGAUUCAGGCUGCCCUGAACGGCACGCAAUCAAAUGCCGAUGCCCCACACCCCCGAUUCGGAAGCUUGUACAGCCGUGAGGGUCUGACCAGAUAUAUUCUAGGCUGCUGCCAGUCCCCUCACGGAGGAUUGCGGGAUAAACCUGGCAAACAUGCCGAUUCUUAUCAUACGUGUUACACCCUCGCAGGGCUAAGUAACACGCAGAACUACCACUUUGAAACUGCCACUGGGUCCAUAGCACGAGGGCCGUUUUCUUCGGCAUUUUCAUGGUCACAUAUCCCCUUAACAUCAAAAACGGACAUUGAGCCUGACGGAAUCGUGUUUCACGAAAGAGAUCGGCUCAAAGUUAUCCACCCCCUCUUUGUUGUCCCUCAUUCUGCCGCGGAAGGUAUGAAAUCCUGGUAUGAGUCUAACCAGGUCCCAGAGCUUUGCAGUUCUUAA